CUAAGAAUCUUACCGUUGUAAUAAGAACCAACUGGUGCAUUUCUACAGAUUACAGAUAAGCGUUCUUUAUUAUUAUGGAAGUCUUGGUCAUUGAUGCGUCCCAGGUGGUAGCUCGCGGCUGCAGCACGUGGUUGCCGUGGACGAACUCCACAGAAUGGGAACGCUUCCAACGCGCUGUGCAAGCGUCAACCGUGGAUUUACCCUUUUGCCUCCCCGCAACGAAGUCCACGUAUCUUCCCAGUCGAUAUCAGGUGUACGGCUAUAGUCACGUUCUUGCAGCACUGCGCGAUGUUAAAGACGCCAAAGUCCGCAUUCAGUUGCAAGAGACACCGCUGACCAAGGAAAGCCAGAUGGGUUUGGCUCUUCGAUCAAAGCACUUGGUUCCUUUACCCACGGUCCUGUCUAACGUUUUCGAGAACCUGCGCCAAUGGAGCCGUGACGGUGCUGAUGACUGGCUGCGACAUGCUGCCUUGAUGUUCCCCGAAUUCUCGCCUGCGGUGCUCGUCGGCGAAAAACCAACAGGGUUUGCCGUCUUCUGCAUCGACAGUCAGGAGACCGACUGGAACCCGGUAUUGCAUGGCUUGCAACAAGCCGAAGCUGCUGAAUUGGCAUGGCAGUAUUUGAAAUUCGUCGAGAAUUUCUGCCCGAUGCGUACUUUCUCCGAGCUGGGCCUUUUCAUGGCAAAACCCGACGAGCAGUUGCAAGUGUUUCUGCAGUCGCUGAAGGAGUCCCAUGGUGAAAGUGAAGAAUUACAGACCAGCGCGGCGUCUCGACGAAAAGACGCCAGUGCAUCGGCGGGUGCUAGUUUUAUGAAAGUGGAAACGCAACCGACGCAGAGUUCCAGUGUUGCAACUGUUAAAGUUCAACAGGCACCUAUCAAAGCGGCUGUUCCGGUGCACCAGCAUUUUCGUUCGCACCCCCUUGAUGAUGGGAGUGUAAUCAUAAAGACACGUUGGUGCAACAAUAAUAACUGCUCGAAAAGAUCAAAGCGUGGUGAAAUCGGAGCACAGCAGCUUUCAGCGUCAAACGCUUCAGUACUGGAUAACGAAGACACCAUCGCUUCGCGUGCAGGCAAACGGAGGAAGGAGAUUUCCUAACUUGGAAAGCAUUUAGAAGGACCCCUGCCACCAUACCAACCGAAUACGUCGUGAAUUUUGUUGCUGAAUAAAACUCCUGGUUUAAGUUGAUUCUGUGUGUGCCGUGUGGGUCUUGGUGGGAAUUUGGAAAGCUCUGGGCAGUUUACAUUCCCUACGAGGUUGUUGCUUUGCGCAUUAGGAUCAACAAAGCACAAGCUUUUUGUUGUUGUUUUUGGCUUUAUUACACCUUUAGUUACUUUAGUUAGUUUUUUGAAGAUGAUUUCGCUAAUUGUGUUUGGUCGCUGUACGUUAGUUAAU